CAAGCCCCGAGAGAGCGUGACGUCAUCGCCAGCAAGUUGUAAACAAGGAAGAGAAUAAGCGCCGAGCGAGCAGAGGUCUGUUUUGUGUUGAUUAAGUCAAUUCAGCUCAGUUCAAGCUUCAUUAUUUUUUGCGUGUUUACUGUAUAUUACUCCCAAAAAUUAAUUAAACAAAGAUUUCGUCAUAUUAAAAACGUCUCAUAGCCAAAAACACAUUUAAUAUCGGAUUAUUGGUAAAAUGGACCCCAAACACAGACUGAUACUUCAGAGGAACAGGCGUAAUCUAGUCAAGGCAUUAAAUCCUAAAGACAUCUACGAUGGACUUUUGUCAAAGGGGGUCUUCACCCAGGACAUGAUCGAUGAAAUACAGAGCAAGAUAACAAGACGUGACCAAGCCAGGCAACUGGUGAUAGACUUAGAGACGAGAGGAAGUCGGGCAUUUCCAGCAUUCCUGGAGUGUCUGCGUGAAACUGACCAACAAGACCUCGCAGAGCUCCUUCAGUGUGGAGAUGGUGCUCGUCUGUCUCCUUCUGUCCCCAUACAGCCUUCGCCGAUCCCUUUGCCAGUCCAAAAUCCAGUAUAUACAGAAAAACCAGACAGGCCUGAUUAUACUCCAUCUCAGUUAGAACUAGUAAGACCAGAUCGACUCCCUCUGCCCAAGCCUCUUACCCCAUCUCCUGUGUUGGUGAGACCAACCAGGCCGAGGAAAGACAGUAUACAGUGCUAUAAGAUGGAUGCCAGUCCAUGUGGGAUCUGCCUGAUUAUAAACAAUGUGGAUUUUGACCCAGACUGUGAUCUAAAAGAUCGAAAGGGGUCCGACAUUGACAGCGACAAGAUGGAGAAACGAUUUAAAGCUCUCAACUUUGAGGUUAUUGCAAAAAGGAACUUGAAGUACAAACACAUAAGACACGAGAUGUCAUCUUUAGCAAAGAGGGAUCAUUCUGCGUAUGACUGCUGUGUGGUGAUCAUCCUUUCACAUGGUACUGAGGCAAACCACAAUCGUUUUCCCGGAGCAGUUCAUGGUGUUGACGGACCAGCUGUCCCAGUUCAGUUAAUCACAAACUACCUCAACGGCCAGCACUGUCCUUCUCUGCAGGGCAAGCCCAAACUGUUCUUCAUCCAGGCCUGUGGAGGAGGUGAGAAGGACACAGGUUUUGAGGUUUCUCCUGAUGAGAUGGAGCCCUCUUUUGGUGGGAUAGAUGACCAGACGGAUGCUAUUCCCAUGUCCUCCAGCAGUGACUCUCUCAGCACGUCUGAUGAACUUGAUGCUCGGGCCAGUUUGCCCACACCCAGCGACAUCCUGGUGUCCUACUCAACCUUUCCAGGCUACGUCUCCUGGAGGGACACACUGGCCGGAUCCUGGUAUGUGGAGAAUCUUGAUCGUGUGCUUGAGGAGAAUGCUGCCACCGAUGAUCUGGUGACCAUGCUAAUGAUGGUAAAUGAUGCAGUCUCCCAGAUAUCUGCCAAAGGCCUGUAUAAGCAAAUGCCCGGAUCUUUCAACUUCCUCCGAAAACUUCUCUACUUUCAGUCAUGAUCACUUUUUUUUUUUGGCUGCAGUGGGAACACUACCAUGUCCUUGAUAAAAUGUGAUUAAAAAAUAAUAAUAAUAAAAAAACAUUUCAUUUCAAA